UAAUUACUUAAAUAUUUUGUUAUCGUCGUCAGCUGUAAGCCAUCGGUACCAUCUUAAUAAAAACUACUUGACAUUUGUAGAUUUUUUGACUGUAUAAAAGUGUAGCGGGCUUUAAUAAGUGAAAUAUGGCGGAUAAAGCUGAAAAACCAGUGGGUAAUCCCAUGAAGUUUCCAUACACUUUCUCGGCAAAGAUCGCACAAUUUCCAAUUAAACAUUACAUUAAAAAUCAAUGGAUCUGGCGUUAUUAUUUCGUGGCUCUAGGAGUAUGCGUCCCUAUAUUUUAUAAAAUUAGCAAAUUGGCAAACUCGCCCGAAAACAAGAAAUCGUGGGCCGACCAGAAAGCUAAAGAAGCUGCCGCUCAUCAUUAAGAAGCAUUUGGCUGUAGGUUUGCUUGCUGCCGAAUCUAUUUGCAAUAGUUUGUUAAGUCUAAAGUUUAGUACAUAAAUUUUGCGAUUGAAUUUAUUGCAAAUAAUAACUUGAAGCAUUCAGUUAUUAUGCGUUAUUUGCUGGAUAAUGCAGUGAUCUAAAUAAAAUGUCAUAGAAGAUUUCAGGC